UCGCCGUUUAUUAAUUUUUAAUGGAAAAUGGCUGCGUUUUUCGUCCAAAGCCGCGGAGCCACAAGAUUAAAAAAAAAGAACAUAAAAUACCCUUAUUUCUACGGCCUAUAUUUGGCGUUUUGAUGUUUCAAAACUCGGCGGCGCGAUGCGGUGACGGCCCCCCUGAGAAGCACGAAAGCGGUGUCGGUGAAACAGUGAGGCAAGAAAAAAAAUUGACCCGUUUGCGCUCUGAGGGAUGAAAGAUCUUUUUUUUCUUUUUUUGGCUCCUUGUUGACUCCUUCCGCGCCGACGCCAGCCGACCAUUAAGCAAAGAAGAUGAUGCGCCAGGUGUCAAGCGGUGACUUCUGCAUGAACGCACGGCCGUCGUGCCUGGCCGAGGACGCCCACCACCCCGCCGCGCACUUUGACCUGUGCCCAUCCCAGGCCAACAAGUUUUACCCGCCUCCUCCAGGGCCUCCGCCCCCGUCCCUCCAGAUGACGCUGGCCCCCAUGGCGCUGCCCGGCCCUGGCCUCAAGCCCAUGCUGUGCCCCCGACAGGAAGUCCUCGCGUCCGCCAAGCUCCCGACCGUCAAAAGCGGCGACCCGGCGGCUAAGCCGGACGACGGUAAGAAGAAGAACAAAGGCGCCGGGAAGACAGGGCGUCGUGGGCGCCCCCUAGGCACCACCAAGCUGGCGGGCUACCGGACCAGCACGGGGCGCCCGCUGGGCACCACCCGCGCCGCCGGUUUCAAAACGAGCCCCGGGCGGCCCCUGGGCACCACCAGGGCGGCGGGCUACAAGGUGAGCCCCGGUCGGCCCCCCGGUAGCGUCAAGGGCCUCUCCCGCCUCAACAAACUGGCAUACGGCGGCACGUGCAGCGGAGCCGCCUUCCCGUACCCGUUAGCGCACAAGGAGAUCCUCUGCGAACCCUCCUGCAAGGACAAGACCCCCACAGAGGGAGGUAACCCCCCUUUUAGUCCCAUUGAGGGAUGAUAGGAUUUAUUUUUAUUUUUUUAAUCAGCCUUUUCUAUUAUCUCACAAACAAUAUUUCUUCACACCCCUGCUGGAGCUUUGAACUACUUCCUUGGAAAAAGACUUUUGUGCUACCGCGCGUCCAGUGAAGGCACCACGAAUGUUGCAUUCAACAGUAUAGGACACUCGAACGUUUUUUUGGGGGAAAUGGGAAUCCCGUCCGGAAAUUGACCAAGUUAGCAUGAUGUGACGUGAAGUUAGCGACUCGGGCAUGGCUAUGUCACACUUUUUUGGGGGGGACUGGUCGUGUGUGUGUGCGUGUGUGUGUGUGUGUGUGUGUGUGUGUGUGUGUGUGUGUGUGUGUAAUAACAAUAGUGUUCCCCCGCAUAUUGGCGUUCAGGUUUGGGUUUUUUUUUGGGGGGGGUGGGGGGGACUUAUACCCCGUUAUUUGCUGAAAAACCUAUUCAAUGUUUUUGUACUCUGCUCCUGUCUGAUGUAAUAGUAUCGGUUAAUUACCAACUAUGUCUAAGUGAAGGGAGGAGCUUCAUUUCAACAGGAAAAGUAGUGCUUUGGCGCCAUUCUGUGACACAUGGGCAUUCAUGCACAGUUUUCAUGUCGGAAAGACAACUAUUUCGGCCGCCUCAGCAACAUUUUUGGAAAAAUGGAAUCCUGUAGAGAAAUUUACAUUUAAGUUAGCAUGUUGUGAUAAGAAGGAGCUAAACGGGCGUGGCUACGUGUAGCACUUUUUUCUUGACAGGUCCACCGUUUGCGUGUUUCUAAUAACAAUACAGUAAUGCAUGCAGGAGGUGUGAGUCGGGCAAAAUUGUGGUGUAAAUACCAGUAAAUUUUAGUGACAUCAUAAUUCAUGUAAAAAUAAUCCCUUGGACCACCUAUUGCAUAUGUCAGAUUAUUGUUAUCUGUGAUUGGCCAGCAACCAGUCCUCUUGCCCCAAAAUCAGAUGGGAUUGGCUACAGCUCACCUGCAACCCGCAAAAGUGCUCUGGAAAAUGGAUGGAUGAUUACUGUAUUAUUGUUUUGAUUUUGAUGUUCUUUUUACUCUUUGAUGUGCGCCAUAUUCUGGAUUGAUUCAAAAUUGGUUGCCCCGCACAAUGUUGUGGGAAGGGGACUAGUCAUUUGCAAUAUACUUCUCAUUAGAAAAAGCAUAUUAUUAUUUUUUAUUAAAUAGGUUAACAGGGAUUCCUAUUGUUUUUUAAUUUAAAUUGUAUUUUAUUUUUAAAUUCGGAAAACAAGUUUUGUGACUAUUACUGUUAAUGUAUAAUAUAAUACAAAGUAGUUGAUUUUUUUUGUCUUUUCAAUUUAUUUUUAGUUCACUUUUUAUUAUAAAACCUAUAUCACUGUUAUAAUAAUUAAGUCGUUAUUAAUAAAUAAUAAUUUUUAUUAAAUGUUCUGUUUAUUUUUAUUUUUUAUUUUUUCAUUAUUCUUACUUCCUUUAACAACAAUUUUUUUUAUCACUACAAUAGAAAUUAAUUAUUUAGCAAAUUAAUUCAUUAAUUUAUUCUCAUACUUUAUUAUUUCUAUUCAUUGUAUUUUUUUAUUGAAUUAAAAAAAAAAUUCUUUUUUUGUUUGUGCCCACACCUCAAUUUGCAGACAGGGAGCGCUGUUCCUCCACACGCGCAUACAUGAAUGUGAUCUUAACGUGUUUUAAUGCUCCACACAGCCAAGUUUAAAGGCUUGAACCGAUGAGUCGACUAGCCGACGAGUCGACUUUAUUCUCUCCAUCGACAUUGAAAGCUGGAAGUUGACUAGUCGCUGAUCACUUGUUUUUGGCAUCUCGUUUCCCAAUUUACGAGGACUUGCGUCUAACCCCCACUAAGCAUACAUGCAACAUUAUCGUCAAUUAUAAUGUCAUUGUUCAAGUUAAUUAUGUCAUUAUUAUUUUUUUUGUUUUGUUAUUUUGAAAAGUAAAACAGUACUGACGUGAUGAAAUAAGAAAGCAAAAACCUCUCCAAUUUGGCCCCUUUUGUGUUGGUAAGCACUCCAGAAAUGUUUGUUUUGGUGCAAUAAUCUUGUUAAAUGUAUUGUACUGUAGUACCUUUGGAUAGUAGUCAUGUUUAGUAUUAUUAUUACACCAGUGUUUUGAUAAAUGUGUACAGUGUGUGCGCGUGCGUCUGUGUGGCUCGCCUGGACCAAAGAAUAUGAAUGAUGUCAUCUUCACGCAACAUGAAAUUAAUUUCAGCACGAGUGUUUUUAGUAUAAAAUAAAAAGAUAACAAAAAGCCCUUAAAGCGCAGCAUCCCAUUCAAGCUGAGAAAGAUCGUCACUUUCACCCACCUUUAUAUUAGGUACUGAGGGUACCUAAUGAAGUGGCUGUAAAACACAUUAACACAACACGUUUUUCCUCCUUUUUCAAAAUAUAAGUGAUGUUUACGUAGCCACAUUUAAGUAACGUUUUUUUUGAAGAUAUUAACCUGUCUCACAUUGGAACUGUAAUGCUCAUAAUGUACAAGUGCAUCUUAAUGAAUUAGAAUAUGGUAGAAAACUUAGUUUCUUGCAGUAGUUCAACUGAAAAGGCGAAGCUCGUAUAUUUUAAGAAAAUUCUUUUCAAAAGGUCAACUACUACCUAAUUUCUAUAUUUAAAAAAAUGCACUUUUCAGCCGGGAUAACAGUAAAACACAAACACGUGCGUGCAGGAGCUGAUGUCUGGCACAGCUCACGCCCAGUCACUCACAUGUUACACGCCACCCCGCCAGGCCCCGCCUCUUAAAGGCACAUGCAUGUACACAGACGCAACUGUACUUACAGUAUUUUCUAUACAUUUUAUGCUCGAAUUAUUUUAUUUAUUUUUUUAGUUCAUAUACAUUUCCAAGGUGUUUGAAAACUAUGUUUUAAAAAGUUUCAAUGUGUUUAAAGUGUGUGGGAGCGUUCAAACUUGUAAAUGUUUGUUAUAUGGUCUCUCUAUAUCGUAAUUACUCACAUAUUGCGGAUGGGUCUGGUAAGGAUCCCCCACUAUAUUCUAAUUUAUUCAGAUGCACUUGUGUCGACUGUAUUAAGUUAAACAUACAAAAAGUGGUCCACCCCAUGGUUUAGAUGCGCUAUGAGAGAAAGGACAAUUGCUCAAAAGUCCUUCUCAUGCAUUCAAAAGUCAUUAAACAGCAUUUUUGAAAAUGUCUUUAAGACUCUUAGUGAAACGAAAGGUGCAAGAAAUGAGCUGUUCAGUUUCUUGUAUCACUUUAUAAUACACGUAAGCCUAAAAAUAAACCUGUUUUGUCAUUCAGGUCAUGAUUAUAUACUGAAAUGUCAGGACUGUGCUCGGUUUGAAGUUAUUACUUCCGCUUGCUGCCAUCAUCAAUAUAACAUCAAGACCUGUAUAUAAUGUUGACAAGGUUAAGUGUGAAUGGUAACGUUAAAAAAAAAAAAGACAAAAAAACACCUUUGUGUAUAUAGUUGUUGAUUUUACUCCUGCAUGGUUGUUGUGGAAUGUCCAAGAGUUGUGUAAU